AUGGCAACCUUUUAUUCAAACCAAACUAACUUCAGAGACAUCUGGUACACCAUGAUUGGGAUUCCAGGACUGGAAGAUGCACAUACAUGGAUCUCCAUUCCGAUCUGUUCCAUGUACAUAGUAGCUAUUUUAGGUAACUCCCUGUUAGUAUUUCUGAUCUACAGUGAUCACAAUCUGCAUGAACCUAUGUACCUGUUCCUGUCCAUGUUGGCCAUGGCAGAUAUCUUUCUCUCUACAGUCACUACACCCAAAAUGCUAGCUAUCUUCUGGUUCCAAGCCGGGGGUAUUUCCUUUGCCAGCUGCGUCUCCCAGAUGUUUUUCCUUCACUUCAUCUUUGUGGCAGAGUCUGCUGUGGCAUUUGAUCGUUAUGUGGCCAUCAGCUUUCCUCUAAGAUACACAACUAUUCUAACCUCCUCGGUCAUUGGAAAAAUGGGUAUGGCAUCUGUAAUUAAGAGUUUCUUCAUCUGUUUCCCCUUGAUUUUUCUGGUUUAUCGGCUUACUUACUGUGGGAAGAACAUUAUCCAUCACUCAUACUGUGAGCAUAUGGGCAUUGCCAGGCUGGCCUGUGAUAGCAUCAAGGUCAACAUCUACUAUGGACUUAUCGUGGCCCUGUUCUCUACAUGUUUGGAUGUGGUACUCAUCAUCGUCUCCUAUGCCCUUAUACUAUGUACUGUGUUUAAGAUCCCCUCCCGAAAUGCCCGACUCAAGGCUCUGGGUACAUGUGGCUCCCAUGUCUGUCUCAUCCUCCUGUUCUAUACUCCAGCAUUCUUUUCUUUCUUUGCUCAUCGAUUUGGGGGCCACAGCAUACCACUCCAUGUCCAUAUCCUACUUGCUAAUCUUUACGUAGUGAUACCACCUACUCUAAACCCCAUAAUAUAUGGGGUUAAGACUAAGCAAAUCCAGGAUAAGGUUAUCCAACUCUUCUCUCUGAACAGGAAAUUUUGCUGA